UUAAGAAUUUUUUUAAUUGUUGUUAUGGAUAAGUUUGUAAUCUGUGGUGAGGAAGCUUUUUUAUUAAAUAAGCAACGUAAGGAUAAAAAUAAAUCUUCUAGUUCACAAAAAACUUUAAAAAAAAAAAAACUUGAAGACAAAAAACAUGAAAGAAGCAAUUGGAAUCCAGAACAGCCAAAGCAAUUUCCAUGGAUAGACCAACGAAUUAUUAAUGGAAAACCUCUUUUAUUUUGUCUUUGGUGUGAAAAGUACUCAGCUGAUAAUAUUUUUGUAAAAGGCUGUAGUACAUUUCGAAAAGAUUAUCUUAAAUAG